UCGCUACAAAUUUGUCGCUAAUUGGGAAGGGGAAGGUAUUUGAGAGAGUUAGGUUAUGUUAUUCACAUGUGCACCAACAAAAACUGUUUUAAACUUUUAUUAAACUAUAAAUAACGAAAAUGAGUUCUAGUGAGUCCGAACUUAGUGAUAGUGAUAUUGAGUUGCAAGAAGCAUUUGCCGAAGGUCGCCUCAAACCCGGACUCAACAAGGUGGAAGCAGCUCCGAAACAGUUCACGAACAAUGUGGGAGGUCUCCGCCAAAAAUUAACUGAAUUCAAGUUGGAUCUGCCAUGGUUGGAAACUUUAGACUUAGUCAGCAAACAGGCGCCUUUAGCUCCUGAAUUAGCCGCCCAGAUGCUCAUCCACGAACAGAAACGCGAAAACCAACUUAAAAACAACAAAAAAUUGCCGCAAGUUGACCCCAGCGUGGAUCCAGUUUUGAAUGAUUUUAAACGCGAAACUAUGUUCCAUAGACAGGCUCAAGGCACUGUGAUGGAAGCUCUACCCAAACUCAAAGCACUAGGUUUAAAGACUAUUCGUCCUGAGGACUAUUUUGCCGAAAUGGCUAAAUCAGAUGAGCACAUGCAGAAGAUACGGGCGCAUUUGAUGCAGAAACAAGUACAGAAACAGAGAAGCGAAAGAGUGAAACAACUAAGGUCGCAGAAGAAAGAAGGGAAGAUGUUGCAGAUUCAGACGAAACUGGCAAGACAGAAAGAAAAGAAGAUGAUGUUAGAGCAAGUGAAGAAAGUUAGGAAGGGGCAGUCGAAGGAUUUAGGUUUCUUAGACGGGAAGAAUAAGGGGAAAAUAAGUGAUAAGAGGAAAUUAAGAGAUAAAAAGUUCGGGUUUGGUGGAAAGAAACGGGGCAGUAAAUUGAAUACGAAGGAUAGUGCCAGCGAUAUUAGCGAAUAUCGAAGGCCGAAAAAGCCUGGAAUGAAAAAGGGCAAAGGGCCAGGAAUGAAAAUGGGCAAAGGGCCAGGAAUGAAAAAGGGUAAAGGGCCAGCGAAAAGGCCAGGAAAAAAUAAAAGAAUUAAGAGUAGAGCAAAGGGAAAACGUUAAUGAUUUUCAGAUGACUCUUGUAAUAUUUUUAAUAAAAAUGAUUAUUCUA